AUGAGCUACAUGAAAAAAGAUGAAGAUGCGGACCAGGUCAUGAUCAAACUUGAUCGGACCUCGGUGUUCCAAGAUGCACGACUAUUCAAUUCCUCUCCUAUCUCACCGCGAACAUGCCGAACCCUAUUGACCAAGAUCGCGGUCCUCCUCUUCACUGAGGAGCAAUUCCCAACCAACGAAGCCACAACCCUCUUCUUCGGUAUCUCGAAGCUGUUCCAAAACAAGGAUCCCUCGCUGCGACAGAUGGUGUAUCUGAUUCUGAAGGAGCUUGCGGGCACUGCGGAAGAUGUCAUCAUGUCGACCAGUAUCAUCAUGAAGGACACUGCCGUUGGCAGCGACGUUCUCUACCGGGCCAACGCUAUUCGGGCGCUGUGCCGCAUCAUCGAUGGAUCCACCGUCCAGGGCAUUGAGCGACUCAUCAAGACUGCCAUUGUCGACAAGACUCCCUCAGUCUCCUCCGCUGCCUUGGUUUCGUCUUACCACCUCCUGCCCGUUGCUCGCGAUGUCGUUCGGAGAUGGCAGAGUGAGACCCAGGAAGCCGCUUCAUCUUCAAAGCAGUCGACCGGUUUCCUAGGCUUCUCAUCUGGCUCUCAGGCCCACGCCAUCUCCCAGUCGAACUUUAUGACACAAUACCACGCAAUUGGUCUUUUGUACCAAAUGCGCUCGCAUGAUCGCAUGGCGCUGGUGAAGAUGGUUCAGCAAUAUGGUGCCGCAGGCGUUGUCAAGAGCCCUGCUGCUCUGGUUCUGCUGGUUCGUCUGGCGGCUAAGCUUGCAGAGGAGGAUCCUGGUCUCCGGAAACCCAUGAUGCAGAUGUUGGAUAGCUGGCUCCGUCACAAGCACGAGAUGGUCAACUUCGAGGCUGCAAAGGCCAUCUGCGACCUCCGAGAUGUCACCGACGCCGAGGCAUCCCAGGCUGUCCAUGUCCUUCAGCUGUUCCUGUCUUCCCCGCGCUCUAUCACUAAGUUCGCCGCCAUUCGCAUCCUCCACAACUUCGCCUCCUUCAAGCCGCAAGUCGUCAACGUCUGCAACCCCGAUAUUGAGUCGCUCAUCUCCAAUACCAACCGCUCUAUCGCCACCUUUGCUAUUACUACCUUGCUUAAGACCGGUAACGAGGCUAGUGUCGAUCGCUUGAUGAAGCAGAUCUCGGGUUUCAUGGCCGAUAUCACCGAUGAGUUUAAGAUCACCAUCGUUGAGGCCAUCCGCACAUUGUGUCUCAAGUUCCCCAGCAAGCAGGCCGGUAUGCUUGUUUUCCUGAGCGGCAUUCUGCGUGACGAGGGUGGCUACGAGUUCAAGCGCACUGUUGUGGAGAGUAUGUUCGAUCUGAUCAAGUUUGUUCCCGAGAGCAAGGAAGAGGCUCUUGCUCAUCUUUGCGAAUUUAUUGAGGACUGCGAGUUCACCAAGCUGUCUGUCCGCGUUCUGCAUCUGCUUGGUGUCGAGGGUCCCAAGACCUCGCACCCCACCAAGUACAUCCGCUAUAUCUAUAACCGUGUCGUGUUGGAGAACGCCAUUGUGCGUGCCGCUGCCGUCACUGCUCUGGCCAAGUUUGGUGUUGGCCAAACUGACCCCGAGGUCAAGUCCAGUGUUCAAGUUCUUCUCACCCGUUGCCUCGACGACACCGACGAUGAGGUUCGCGAUCGUGCUGCCCUCAAUCUGCGCUUGAUGGGUGCAGAUGAUACUAUGGCUGGGCCGUUCAUCAAAAACGGUAAGAAGACUGACAUCCCUCUCCAAACACAAUUUUUACUGACAGACCCAGACUCCAUGUACUCUCUUUCCACCUUUGAGCACCAACUUGUCAUGUACGUGACCUCGAACGACAAGCAGACCUUCGCUGCCGCCUUUGAUGUUUCUUCUGUCCCCGUUGUCAGCCACGAGCAGGCCUUGGCCGAGGAGCGGACCAAGAAGCUCACUUCCGCCACACCCACCCUCAAGGCCCCUUCGGCCGGUCCUACGAAGAGCAAGGCGAACGGCGCUACAGAGGCAAACAGUGCGGCUGCUACCCAGAAGUAUGCCGAGCAGCUCAUGCAACACCCCGAUAUCAAGGAAUACGGCACCUUGCUCAAAUCUUCCGGUCCUGUCGAGCUUUCUGAGAGUGAGACUGAGUAUGUUGUGACUGCUGUCAAGCACAUUUUCAAGGAGCACAUCGUUGUGCAAUAUGAUAUUAAGAACACCCUUCCCGAUACCGUCCUUGAAAACGUGACUGUGGUCGCGACGCCAGAAGAGGAGGAUGUUCUGGAGGAUGAUUUCAUGAUCCCAGCCCCCAAGCUUUCGCCCAACGAGCCUGGCGUUGUCUACGCUGCCUUCAAGAAACUUGGUGGCGAGCACAGUGUCCCGAUCUCUUCCUUUACCAAUAUCCUGAAGUUCACUAGCAAGGAGAUCGAUCCUAACACUGGCGAGCCCGAGGAUGAAGGCUACGAUGACGAGUACCAGGUGGAAGACCUCGAGCUCACUGGUAGCGAUUACGUUAUUCCCACUUUUGCUGGCAGCUUCGACCACGUUUGGGAGCAGACUGGCGCUAAUGGCGAAGAGGAGAGUGAGACUCUGCAAUUGAGCAACAUGAAGAGUAUUAUCGAUGCCACGGAGCAACUGAUCGCUGCCCUUUCCCUUCAGCCUCUGGAAGGAACCGAUGUUGCUCUCAACAACAGCACACACACCCUGAAGCUCUUCGGUAAGACCGUCUCCGGUGGCCGGGUGGCCGCUCUCAUCAAGAUGGCAUUCUCGAGCAAGAGCGGCGUCACAACCAAGAUCACUGUCCGGGCAGAAGAAGAGGGAGUUGCUGCUGCGGUGCUUGCCUCUGUCACUUAA